AUGUCCUCCAGAAUCACUCGCUCGGCCGCGAGACAAGCUGCAGAUUCUCCCCCGCCCGCCGGUUCCGGUCCCUCUUCUACAUCCCCCGCCGCUGGUUCGGCCCCAUCUCGAAAGCGAAAGGCUCCCGCACGCCGCGGUCAGUCACCGGACUCCUCGGAGCGGCCAAAUAGUCAUCAAUCUCCCCAUCGAAAGACCAAGCGACAACGGCGUGCACCUUCGCCACGAGCGGCAAACGCCUCUGCUGCAGCUUCUCGUCGUGGUACCCGAAACCGCCCAACUAUGUCACACCCUGGUCCAUCGUCACACCCGGCGGAGGAAUCUUCGAAGAAGCCGGCCUCGCCCCCGCAACAAAGAAGGAAAUCUAGUCGACAUGGGAAAUCGGCUCAAGCUACUCAGUCACCUCCCCCGAACCGGCAAAAGAAGCGCUCCAGAACUCGUCCAGAUGUCGUUAUGAAAGAGGCAGAUGACGAAUUAGAGGAACGGGAGAAAAGCGAGGAACAUGAGGCUUCCCCACCAAGUGACAGCAAUGAUGGCACGAACCCUUCAGGUCUCGACGAUGAGGACGAAGAGGAAGAUGAUGGAGAUCUUUUUCAUAACAGUCUGUUCGGAGCGCGAGGCUCCCUUGGACUCCAGAGUACUCUUCGUGCCCUUAGCGGUAUGAUGUCGGGCAUGUCAUCCCGCCUACGGGAUAUCCUCCAAAAUUUGAGAAUGAAGGAUGACCCGUCAGUUCAACUUAUCGCCCUUCAGGAGCUUUCAGAUCUGUUACUUGUAUCGAACGAAGACAACCUAUCUGGCCAGUUUUCUCCUGAUCCUUACGUGAAGGAGCUGGUAUCUCUCAUGCAACCAAAUGAUUUUGGGGAAGAGAAUCCGGAAAUAAUGCUUCUUGCGUGCCGUUGUUUGGCUAACCUCAUGGAGGCCUUACGCGGCUCUGUGGCCAAUGUCGUUUAUGGCGGCGCUGUACCGAUCCUGUGCCAGAAGCUACUGGACAUUCAGUUCAUUGACUUGGCUGAGCAGGCUCUCAGUACAUUAGCAAAGAUUUCGGUGGACUUCCCGGCGUCCAUUGUACGAGAAGGAGGCUUAACAGCAUGCUUAACAUACCUUGACUUUUUCCCUACGAGUACCCAACGCACCGCAGUAACAACGGCCGCCAAUUGUUGCCGGAAUCUGCCGCACGAUUCCUUCCCCGUUGUGCGAGAUGUCAUGCCCACCCUCCUGAACGUUCUAUCUAGCAAUGAUCCGAAGGUCGUUGAACAAGGCUGCCUAUGUGUUUCUCGGAUAGUGGAAAGCUUUAGACACAAACCAGAGAAGCUUGAGGAGCUUAUUAGCCCGGAGAUGCUAAAGGCGGUCCUUCGUCUGCUGCUGCCAGGCACCACAAACCUCAUCGGACCGCACAUUCAUACCCAGUUUCUUCGAGUUCUGGCAAUCACGUCGAAAGCUAGCCCCCGGCUGUCGGUAGAACUGCUGAAAACGGACGUAGUCGACACUCUCUACCAGAUCUUGACUGGAGUCUCGCCACCAGAAAACAUUGAUGACCAAGCUAUCAAGAUGGAUAGCGUACUUGUGAUGCAGGCUUUGAUUCACCGGCCGAAGGAGCAAGUUACCGAAACACUGAAUGUUAUUUGUGAGCUCCUACCAGGUGUUCCCGAGCGUCCAAACUCGCAUGACGCUGGUAAUCCCGAGGUCGCUGCAACAUCGGGGUCCAAGCCAUCCUCAUCGAAGGGGUUAGCUGAGAAACGACGGUCUUUGCUCAUGGGCUGUAAAUCUGAGCUGAGACGGUUCGCCUUGGUCUUGCUCCCCACACUCACUGAUGCGUUUUCUAGCACGGUCAACCUGGAAGUACGCCAAAAGGUUCUUGUGGCGCAGCUCAAGAUGUUGCAAAAUCUGGAUCCUGCUUUGAUUGAGGAGGCUCUCCGAUCAGUGCAAUAUGCGUCCUUCUUGGCGGCCAUUUUGUCUCAGAAGGAUCACCCUUCGCUAGUGUCAUCAGCACUCCGCUGCGCAGAGCUACUUUUCCAGCGGCUGGAGCAUGUUUACCAACACCAGUUUCAUCGCGAAGGCGUGAUAUCAGAAAUUGCCGAGCUUGCAAAAGAACCGUUAUCAACUGAGAAGGACACGAAGCCUUCCCGCGACUCGCCAGCUGCUUCAAUUAUGGACACCUCAGAAGACACGCGCCAGGAUAAGAGCUCCAUUGUGCGCCCAGCCGGUCACCUUGGGACAAAUCCGGAUGAUGAGGAGAGCCAAGAUGACGAUGAUCGUGACAGCGAAGACGAGGAUGCGAAUGAUUCUGAAGAGAAUGAUGAAGACCAGGAUGAAGAUAAUGAUGAUAUCUCGGAUUCUGAAACUUCGUCGUCUUCUGCUCGGGGACGUUCAUCAAGGUUGGAGGAUGCGAUGCAUGAUUCAGUCAUUCGUCAUGCACGUGCUUUCAUGGAGCAGUAUGAAUCCAGUCAAGGAGCAGAAAUGCGUGAGAAGGCUUUGGAGACUCUCAACGAACUACAAGCGCUUGCUGCCGAAAUUGAAGCCUGCUAUUCCGGCCCCGGUGAUUAUGGGGAGGGGAUUGACCUUUUCCGCAAAUUGGCAAGCUAUUUUGAAGGCGAUGCGUUGGAAAGUAUCACCAGUUCGGAACUCCUCAACUCCGGGAUCAUUAAUACCUUGCUCGCUGUAUUUGACGAUUUCAAUUCCACCCCCAUGCGUGAGGCUCGCAGCGCCUUCCUUCAGGCGUUCAUGGGCUCGACUAUUUCCGAAAAGGCACAAAGCCAGAGCACGGCAACGACGCGCUUUGGGGUGUUGGUAAAUAAACUGCAGGAUCUUCUUAGCCGGACAGAGCAUUUCGAGGUGAUGACUGUCGGCCACAAUUCACUGGAAAACACGCGCAACAAUGCGGCCUACAUGCUUGGAAAACAGCUCCGGCUGAAGUUAGUUGCUGAUGAAGAUUCUGAUAUACCCCGCUCCUACAGAAACAUCAUGGUUUCUAUUCACGCCAUUGCAACUUUCAAGGCCCUGGAUGAUUUCCUCCAUCCCCGAAUUGCCCUUUCCGACAGGCCGAAGACAUCUCGUAGCCGUGAAACAAUCUUGUCGCAGAUUGCGAAUGCAGCGCGUCUCAGGGAUCAGCUGGCCGAAAAUCACAACUCCGACGCUAGCGACUUUUCACGGCCUUCUGGUAGUAGUAGGCCCGCCAAUAGAUCCACUACUACUGAGUCUAAGGCCACCGCGAAGGAGAACUCUGCUGGUGGACCGGACGUAACCCCAAGAUCUAAGCGGUCUCAACCGCAGCCUGAUGACAACGGCCGUGAGGAUGAACCACUGGAGUGCGCUGACGAGCGCCACUUGAGUGAGGACGAUAAUGAUGACGAUGUCGAGGGGGAUGAUGAAGAGCUAAAUGCCAUUGUGGACGAUCUUGAGGAAGAAAUGUCUGAUGAGAACGUGCAUGAUCCAUCCGCUGUAAACAUGGAGGUGGCAUCAUCAGGCAAAGUUACUGCCCGCAAGGAAGACGGCACUCGCGUAUCUACACCGUCGCAAUCGACACCCGUGUCCAAGUCAUCAUCCGGGCCCCGCCGGUCUUCAUUAAGUUCAGCGGGUGCUGGCUCUUUGGGCAUGGCUGGCCGCCCGUUUUCUUAUGCUGCCGCCAUGGCUUCGGCCCCAUCUGACUGGCACAUUCAGUUCAGUAUUGACGGCCAGCCUGUUUCCAGUGACACUACGAUCUACCGUGCUGUUCAUCAUAACCGUCGCCACUUGGACCCUAGCGGACGGAAUGUGUGGUCCGCAGUUCACACAGUUAGCUUUCGACGUGUACCGGGGCCGCCACCAGCAGAGCCGUCUACGGUAUCCACCAACGCAUCCGGAUCCAAUCCACAAGACAAUAGCAGCGGUAUGCCGUCCUCUCUCAAUCAAGACCAUAUCACAUCCUCGAUCUUGCGCCUUCUUCGUGUCCUACAUGGCAUGAACACAACUCUCGACGAUAUACUCGCGGAGACCAAAGAUCUUAUCGCCCUCAAGCCUGAGCCAUUGGCGCAGUUUAUCAACACGAAGCUCACCGCAAAACUUAAUAGACAGCUGGAGGAGCCUUUGAUUGUUGCAAGCAGCUGUCUGCCUGAUUGGAGCGAAGACCUUGCGCGAUCCUUCGCCUUUUUGUUCCCUUUCGAGACCCGGCAUCUAUUCCUUCAAUCUACCGCCUUUGGAUAUUCGCGGGCCAUGAUGCGAUGGAACAACUCUCAGGGAGAUGAUAGUCGUCAUGAUCAGCGGCGAGAUGAUCGGCCAAUGCUGGGUCGUUUGCAGCGACAAAAAGUACGGAUCUCAAGAAGUCGUAUUCUCGAGUCAGCCAUGAAAGUCAUGGAACUUUACGGCUCCUCUCCCAGUGUGCUUGAGGUUGAAUAUUUUGAAGAAGUUGGAACCGGCUUAGGUCCCACUCUUGAGUUCUAUUCGACGGUCUCCAAGGAGUUUUCGAAGAAGAAACUAAAGAUGUGGCGGGAAAACGACUGCGGUGAUUCCGAAGAAUACGCGUUUGGUACUCGGGGUCUGUUCCCUGCACCGCUGAGCGAAGAACAGCUCGCGUCAGAAUUUGGCAAAAAGCAGUUGCAGUUGUUCAAAACCCUUGGGAAAUUUGUCGCUCGCUCAAUGUUGGAUUCGAGGAUCAUAGACAUCUCGUUCAAUCCCGCCUUCUUCCGUAUCGCCGACACCUCUUCCCCAGUAGCCCCUUCACUCGGUACAGUUAAAGCAGUGGAUCAAGAUUUGGCCAAAUCUCUACUGUUGCUGAAACGCUUCGCUAAUGCCAAAAAGGCCUUGGAGGCAAAGAACCUCCCUAAGGCCAAGAAGACGCAGGCUCUGAUGGCGAUUGAGGUCGAUGGAGUCCAUGUCGAGGACUUGAGCCUGGAUUUCACACUUCCUGGAUAUCCUGCAAUUGAGCUCAUCAAGAAUGGCUCGAAUAUCCCGGUUACGAUUGAAAAUGUUGACGUGUAUGUCGACAGAGUUGUGGACAUGACCUUGGGCAGUGGCGUACAAGCACAGGUAGAAGCUUUCCGCACGGGCUUCUCCCAAGUCUUCCCCCAUUCCGCUCUACAGACUUUCACGCCGAAUGAACUGGCGAUGUUAUUUGGUAGAGCUGAGGAAGACUGGUCAAUUGAGACCCUGAUGGACUCUAUAAAAGCGGAUCACGGCUUCAACAUGGACAGUCGCAGCGUGCGCAACUUGCUACAGACGAUGAGUGAACUAGACACGCAACAACGGCGUGACUUCCUUCAAUUUGUUACUGGGAGCCCCAAACUGCCUAUUGGAGGCUUCAAGAGUCUUACGCCGAUCUUCACCGUCGUCUGUCGCCCGAGCGAGCCGCCCUACCUGCCCGACGAUUACCUUCCCAGUGUCAUGACUUGUGUAAACUACUUGAAGUUACCCGACUACAGCAGUCUGGACGUCCUCCGGGAGCGUCUAUCUGUGGCGAUCAAGGAAGGACAAGGCGCAUUCCACCUUUCGUAAUGGGGUUGUUGAUGCUCAAGCCACUAUUCCCCUAACCUGGAAUCUUUCGGCAAGUGGAACUGUGGCUACGAGGCAGAUAUGGCGACCCGACACGGAAUAAAAAAAAAACAGCAAGAGAGAAUGCAAUGCCCAGGGAUGAACGAUGAUGAAUGUUAUACCUGAUCUCUUCUCACCUCCGAAACUUCGGUAAAUUAUGAUGAACGCAUGGGUGAAUUUGUUUUGAUUGGCGAGUUUCUUGCAUUCGGGUGUCUUUUCAUUCAUUCUUUAACGCCUUGCUCAGUCUUAAGCUUGGGAAGGAGUCCAAAAGGGGUAUUCAAUAGCUAUCUAGAUAGAAAUGCUAGUUCUUCAACCUGUAUUG